AUGGAAACCUCUACAAACAAGAUUCCAACAAUUUUAAUUGUUGGAGCCGGUAUUAGUGGGCUUUGCCUUUAUCAUUCUAUUCGAAAAAAUCUUGAUAAAAAAUUUAAUGUUAAAAUAUUCGAUCGUGAAGCAAGCCCUCAAG